UACCGGAAGUCACUUCAACUCUGGUCAGUGGCUAAUCGCGGUCGGAUCGCUUUGUUGUUUCAAACCUCUGCUGUCGCCCCUCUUCUUUACGUUAUCAUCGAAUCGUCUGUGAACCCGGAACCUGAGCGACGAUGACGGACCGCUACAACAUCCACAGCCAGCUGGAGCAUCUCCAGUCCAAGUACAUCGGCACCGGCCACGCCGACACCAGCAAGUGGGAGUGGCUGGUGAACCAGCACCGGGACUCGUACUGCUCCUACAUGGGACACUUCGACCUGCUCAACUACUUCUCCGUGGCCGAGAACGAGAGCAAAGCUCGGGUCCGCUUCAACCUGAUGGAGAAGAUGCUGCAGCCAUGCGGGCCUCCAACAGACAAGCCAGACGAUGCCUAGAUCACAGUGCCCCCCCCCAUGUUGUGUCUUUUAUAGGGGAUGUUUUCUGCGGGAUUGUCUUUUUUUUCUUGGACAUUCAUCUUUUUUUUGUGCUUCUAAAAUGUCUUGACUGGUCAUUCAGGGCUCAGAUCUGUGUUGUUUUCUUGCCCUGCACAAGUCUACGUCUUUCAGGGAAGUUGAAACAAACAGAGCGUGAAGACCCAAACGUUUUCCAGAGAGCAUCUUAGUAAACAUGUGUACAAAGUCCUGUGUUUGUAUUCUUCACGGAAACAUGUGUUUUAAUUAAAAUCAGUCUUUCUCUA